ACAAACUUAACUAAUGUACAAUAUAAUUACAAUAUUAUUCCAUGUCAAAAUUCAUUAAAGAUUUAAUUGAGUUUCAAUCUUCAUUUAUAAACUUUAUCACUAUGGCUGAUCGUUUAACACAAUUGCAAGAUACGAUAAAUCAGCAAGCAGAACAUUUUUGCAAUAGUGUUGGUAUAUUGCAACAGUAUUCUACGCCAAGUAAAUUUCCUGGUUUUGAUCGAAUCGGUACUCCACAACCACAUCAACCGCAAGAAGAUUAUGCAGCACUGUUCGCAACUUUAAUUGCAAGAUGUGCAAAGGAUAUUGAUACGUUAAUAGAAAGUCUUCCAAGUGAAGAAUCGUCACAGGAACUUCAAGUAGCUAGUUUAAGUCGUUUAGAACAAGAAAAUCAGGAAGCUGGUAAGCAACUUGAAGAGGUAGUAAGACAAGGAGAAGCUUUACUUCAACGAAUUCAAGCAGCGUUGCAAGACAUUGCUCAAAGCCAAUUAGAUAUGCAGAAUCCUGCAUCGACUGCUGUACUUAAUAUUAAUUUAAAUCCUACCAUGACCUUUAAACAAGAAAACUUAAGUUCCACAAACUCCGUGUCUUCUAAUAAUGUCCACCAACUCUCCAGUUCAUCGCCAAGUUCAAUAAAUCAGUAAUAUAACUAAUUAUUUUAUGUAUAUUUCUAACCAGUACUUUUAAUAAAUUUAUAAUAAAUUAGAUUUAAUUCGUAA